AAUUCAGAUGCAUAAGGUGUUUAGACUGUUUAGUAGUAUUAACUGUGUAAUCAAGAGGCAGUAUUGGCACUGGUAAUUAAAUUGAAUUGUUUUCACUGGCACUGCUUUUUAAACUAAAUAUUCUACAAAGCGUUGAUAAACAUAUUGAACAAAAUCUCAAAAUUCAAAAACACAUUAAACACGUUUAAUUCCGGCUAGGUUCACAAAAUGUCGAAUUCGCCGAGUGUUUUAAUUAUUGGGGCCGGUGUUGCGGGUAUUUCUGCAGCCUGUAAACUAUUGGAACAUGGUAUAACUAAUGUCACAAUAUUAGAAGCAAAAGAUCGUAUCGGAGGAAGAGUUCACUCUGUGGAAUUCGACGGUAGUUACGUAGAUCUUGGUGGUCAAUGGGUACACGGGGAAGACGGAAAUAUCGUCUAUGAUUUAGUCAAAGAUUUUGAUUUAUUAGGUACAUCUUUGAAUACGUACGAAGACAACACGUAUUAUUUAUCAGAUGGUUCUAUAGUUGACAAGAAUUUAAGUGAUAAAAUAUUCGAAAUUGGAUAUAAUGUUCUAUAUGAUGAAGAAGACGCUACUAAAUAUCCAGGACCAUAUGGAGAUUAUUUCAUAAAACGAUAUAAUGAAAAAAUACUUGAAGAAUUCAAAUCUGAUAAAGAAAUUUUGAAACUAGCGAAAUAUUUUGAACAUUGGUUUCAUAAAUUUUACACUUGCUUAGAUCCGGCUAAAACUUGGUUUGACAUAUCGACUCAUGGAGCGUUGUCUGUAUUUAAGCAGUGUGACGGAGAUCAACAGCUUAAUUGGAAAAAGAGAGGAUUCAAAACUAUUUUAGACGUUCUCAUGAAAAAGUUUCCAGAUGAAUCGAAAUGUCUUCCUGUGGAAGAAAAAAUCUUCCUAAAGAAAGAAGUAAAUAAAAUAAUUUGGGACGACACUACCGAAACAAGCCCAACUGUCCGUUGUUUUGAUGGUACUUCUUAUAAAGCUGAUCAUAUAUUAAUAACAACUUCGGUUGGAGUAUUGAAAAAACUCCAUAAAAGUUUAUUCGAACCUCGACUUCCAGCUUAUAAAGUCAACUCCAUAGAACAUAUUUCCUUGGGAGUAGUGAACAAAAUUUUAUUGAAAUUCCCAACUAAAUGGUGGCCUGAUGAUACUUUAGGGUUCAGUUUACUCUGGAAUGAAACAGACAGUUUAAAUUUAGUGAAUGAGGUACCUGCUUUCGGACCAAUUGAUGAAAAUAGAUGCUGGCUGGAAGAUGUCUUCGGAUUUUAUGUAAUUGACAGUCAUCCUAGAGUUCUAUUGGGAUGGGUCGUUGGCAAAAUGGCAUCAGAAGUUGAAUAUAUGAGCGAUGAGGAUAUCAUUGCUUCUUGUAUGUUCGUAUUAAGAAAGUUCCUAGGGAAAUUGUAUGACAUUCCAGACGCAGAUGGCGUUCUAAGAUCCAAAUGGGGUACCGAUCCACAUUUUUGUGGUUCAUACGUCUAUGUUAGUAUGGACCAAGAAAAGCAUAAUGCAUCUGCCAAGGAUUUAACUGAACCGUUAGUUUCAAAAAAAUGGAAUACCCCCGCAUUACUAUUUGCUGGAGAAGCCACCAGCGCUGAGCAUUAUUCAACAGUUAAUGGGGCUAUUGAAACAGGUUUCAGGGAAGCAGAAAGAAUUAUUAAUCUCUAUAAAAAUUAAAUAUAUGUUUAAAGUACCGAUUUAAUUAAUUUAAUGUGGAUUUGGGUCAAGAAGUGAACAAUUUUAUUAAGUUAAAAUGUUUUUUUUACAUUUGUAUUAUUAUUGAGUUUAAUAGAAAAAAAUAAAAAUACUA